GGGCGUUGAGCGCAGCUGCUGGCGCUCGUCAAGCCGCCGCGCUGUGGGAGAAAAGAAAGAGGCGAAAAAAAAAUCACGGAGGAUCUCGGAGAUCGAGCCGAGAGGAAAAAGUGUUCCCGGUGAAACGGUAACGAGGAGCCGCCGUGGAGGAAGAGCGGAGCGCGCGUUUUACCCGCUUUGUGGAGAAAUAGGACGAACUUGUUGACCUCGCGCGCUCGGGACGGGACUUUAUUCACGCAGAUGAGGAUUAAACACGAUCCUGCAUGUCGGAUUUUUAUCUCUCUCUCUCUCUCUCUCUCUCUUUCACACACACACACACACUCUCUCUCUCUCUCUCUCUCUCUCACUUCUGGUCUCGAUUUAAAUCCGGUAACGAUUUUAAAGCGCUGAUUAAAACCUUGCUGCUUUCUGCUCUUUAUUUAUUGCAGCCUUAUUAAAGUGCGCGUGCUGCGUGUUUGCCAGGAUUUGUGAUUAUUCCGAGGAUGCAUGUCGUUAUAACGACGCAACUGUUUGGCUGAGUCGUGUGCGCGCGCGUGCACAUUCUUUUACACGACACCUCGAGCGAGUUCGCAAAAGCUGACCCACGAACACGCUCCUGAACACGAACAAGUUUUUGGGGUUUUUUUUCCCUCUCAGGAGGACAUUUCUGCUGGUCUGGUCAGUAAAUCCUCCUGGAAUCGGGUUUGCUUGGAGUUUCUCACUCUUCCUCGCGCCAUGUAUGAGAGUGUGGACGUGGUGGGUUUGACCCCGAACCCGUUUUUAAGCAUGGAUUAUUACCACCACCACCACCAUCACCAGCAGCAGCAGCAGAAGCGCGGAUGUCUGAUCCAGGAUAAAGGGAUGCCGAGAUCAUUCAUCCCCUGGAGCUCCUCUCACUCGGUGGACACUCAGAGCUCCAGUUCAGAGGACAUUGUCCCGAGUCCUCCGUCUCCUCCUCCUCCUCCUCGUGUGUAUAAACCCUGCUUCGUCUGUCAGGACAAAUCAUCCGGAUAUCACUAUGGAGUCAGCGCCUGUGAGGGCUGCAAGGGUUUUUUCCGCAGGAGCAUCCAGAAGAACAUGUUGUACCAGUGCCACAGAGAGAAGAGCUGCAUCAUCAACAAGGCCACACGCAACCGCUGUCAGUACUGUCGCCUGCAGAAGUGCCUGGAAGUGGGCAUGUCCAAAGAGUCGGUUCGGAACGACCGGAACAAGAAGAAAAAGGAGGAGAAGAAGCCGGAGUGUUCCGAGAGCUACGUCAUGAACCCAGAAACAGAGCGGAUGAUCGAGCGCGUGAGAAAAGCUCAUCAGGACACAUUUCCGUCGCUGUGUCAGCUGGGAAAAUACACCACGAAUAACAGCGCGGAUCACCGAGUCUCUCUGGACGUGGAUCUGUGGGAUAAAUUCAGCGAACUUUCCACCAAGUGCAUCAUCAAGACAGUGGAGUUCGCCAAACAGCUGCCCGGCUUUACCACGCUGACCAUCGCGGAUCAGAUCACACUGCUCAAAGCAGCCUGCCUCGACAUCCUGAUUUUGCGGAUCUGCACGCGCUACACUCCCGAUCAGGACACCAUGACGUUCUCGGACGGAUUGACGCUGAACCGGACGCAGAUGCACAACGCCGGGUUCGGGCCGCUCACCGACCUCGUGUUUGCCUUCGCCGAUCAGCUGCUGCCGCUGGAGAUGGACGACGCGGAGACGGGCCUGCUCAGCGCCAUCUGCCUUCUGUGUGGAGAUCGUCAGGACCUGGAGGAGUCGGACAAGGUCGAUAUCCUGCAGGAGCCGCUGCUCGAAGCGUUGAAGAUCUACGUGAGAAAGAGGAGGCCACAUAAACCACACAUGUUCCCUAAAAUGCUGAUGAAGAUCACAGACCUCAGGAGCAUUAGCGCUAAAGGAGCUGAGCGAGUGAUCACCCUGAAGAUGGAGAUCCCCGGCUCCAUGCCUCCACUCAUCCAGGAGAUGCUGGAGAACUCCGAGGGUUUGGAGAACAGCAGCGUGAAUCCUCCCAGCAGCUGCAGCCCGAGUCUCUCACCCAACUCCAUACACAGCAGCCCAUCAUCACACUCACCCUGAACCUCUCUCUGUCACACAAACACUUUCUCUGUCUCACACACACACACACACACACACACACUUAUAUUAAACAUGCUUGCCCUGAACCUGCUCCACGACUCAGGAACCACACAGGCUCAUGUGCAGCUGAGUCUAAGAGGCUGGCUUCAGGACAGUGAUGUGUAAUGUGGCUGAUUGAGAAGAUCAACACACACACAAACACACACACACACACAGGCUGAGCCUGAGUCACACUCACAAGGUGUGCUCUUCGGUGGAACUCCUGAGGUACCGAUCUGAUCUGAAGCAGCUUGCACGUUUGAUUCUGAACCCAUUCUGAUCUAACACCAGAUGUAGGAUUCUGAUCAGCAACGUGGAGAAGGACGUGAGAUUGUGUACGUGGUGCACACUCCCAGGAAACUUUUUUUUUUUAUUCUUCAUUUUCGUAUGUACUCUACAGUGACCUUUUUUGGAUUCCCUCAUCUGUAGAUUUGACGAACGAGGAGACGGCAAACCAGAGACACAGGACACGUGUCCGAAAGUCAUCAGGGACAUUUUAUUUUGUGUUUGUUUUGUUUUCUUACGAAAGAUAUAUGAAUAUAUGACUAUCUAUAUUGAAAGAAAAUGAGAUGAUUUCAAAAAUUGUGUUGAUACAGGAAAAAAAAAACUGUCUUAUUUGUCCCCAGAGUUGAAUAUCGUUUCGUUUUGCUCGCUGUCUCACUUCACUGCAGAAAAAGAUUGUUGUGGAUGUUAUGGUGACGUUUUCACGCCGUUCAGUCUGAACAAACUCAUAUUCACAAAUCACACUGGGGGAGGGGCAGAGCGGGGGAGGAGCAAGGUGGGAAUUGGCAGUGGGGGAGGGGCAGAUUGGGGAUUGGCUGCAGAGGAGAGGGUUUGGAUUGGGGGUAGGGGAGGGGUGAAAAAUUCAAUUGUAGCUAAACACAGAAGGUGAUUAGCGGUUUGGCUCAGAGGGUCAUCAAACGUAUUAAUGAGGAAUGUUAACAGUGAAUAGUGAAGAAAAAUCUAGAUUUAAGCUCACACAGCGGGUGGAUAAGUCAUUAAUGUAUCAGCGAGCUGCACUGUCUCCCCAGUCUUCUAUUUUGGUUCUGUAAUUGAUAGCGUUUAAAAAGUUGUAGCUAAAAUUAAACACAUAAAAACACACACUAUGGGCUAGCUACUGACAUGUGCAGUAAUUCAGACUCAGAGAAAAAAAUAAGUAUGCAGCCAUCAUUCACAUCUUAUUGAAGUUCUAGGAUACUGAUUUGUCCACCUCUGAUGCACAGAACCACUGGUGAAAUGCAAAGCAUUCACAAAAACACAGGUGAGGUAAACGAACAAAAUCCUUUCGUUAAAACUUCCCAAGCAUUUUACACAUGAAGCGUCCAUAUUUCCGUAUCUUUUACAGCGCAUUCGAAUCUGGAAGCCCGGUCUGUAGAGAGAUUAUUACACUGUCUCAUUUACACAACCACAACACUGCCUCGGUUUUUUUCUUUCUCAUUCAUCGCCACCUACAACGCCACUGCCUCUGUGAGACAAUCGCUUUUCCUGUAGCACCCCCUGUGUGGAUCAGGCCGAGCGACGCCGGACACUGGGAUCGAAUGUUAAAAACAUUGGACUUGCAUCAUGACAGCAGUGAGUGUGUUGGUGAAUGAAUUCGGUUCAUUUUUCCCCCAAGAUGUUGCUGCAAACGAACACCAAACUGGCCUUUGAACUUCAUCCACCGUGUCACCGGGUUCCUCAUCCAAUCCGCUGACAUGUCGGUUUUUACAUGUUCACUACAAGCUCCCAUGAUCCGGUCCUGAUCCCAGACCUUUUUGCCCCCGUGAGCUACCACCGCCAUGUGUGUCUAAAAGCUACGACACAUGCCACUUCACUCCAAUCCACUGCAGACAUGAUUGUCACUGUACCCGUGUGCAAUACCUCUUCACAGGAAAAAAGAAACAAAUCAAGACGCUUGAAAGACUUCCACGUUUCACUUUGUCUAUGCACGCGACUUGCACAGAAACUCGAAUCGCAACGUGUUCGGCCUCCUCUGAACUUCCUUUUCGUGUUUGAUAAACGUGAAGGUGCCGAUGUAAAGGACACUGCCCAAAAACUGUCACUGCCAACGAGCCACAUCAUUUCACACGUCUUAAAAACACGUCAGUCACACAGCGUCCAGCACAAAGGCAUCGGUUUUCAUCUGUUGUUUUCUUCUGUUCUGCUCCGACACUUGUUACACAUUCAAGCGCACAAAUAUUGUUUCUCUUGUAUCGUGAACUGGAUGAUGAUGAAAAUAAUCUUUAUUAAAGACUGAUGUUUUGUGUGUUUCUGA